CACUACUGCCCUUUUCCAAGCAGGGAGCAAGGCACAGAGGCAGACCGCCUCCUUCUUUGGGAGGGGAGGAGAAAGUCAGUGGAAAUCUUAACUGCGAGGCUACAGGAGACCCUUUUCCUUGGUCCUUUGUAGGAGGCGGCAAUUAUCCGAUGGACAGCCCAGAAACAGAUCUGGCCUCUGUUACACACGCUGCUCCCAGGUUAUGGCAGCUUCAGCCUAGUCUCACACCUCUUCAGCAGCACUGGAAAGAUCUCGAGGGGACAACCACCACCCACACCCUCGUUGCAGUGCUGAUGCACGUGGAAGAUGUUGAGGAGAAGGUGUUGGAGGCAACAAAGGAUACCCUGCGGCACCUGGCGACAGCUCUCCGGUGGCACCUUGGGGACACCCUCCUGGCAAGGGGGACUUACAGCCUGCAGGAGCUGCUCCAUCAGAUCGCCAAGCGCCUGAACCGGUUCCCCAUGUCAGAGGGGCAGCUGGAGCUGGAAGUGUUCACCUGCCUUUCAUACUUUAAGAGCAAGCAGGCUUCAGUGAGGAGAACGGCUGCUAUGUUCAUUGGUCACCUGCUUCAUCAGAACGGCAGCCUCCUCACUGGAGGGACGGUUCCAAUCUACCUUGCUCAUGUGGAUAAGUUGCUUGGGGACCAGGACCCUGCAGUCAGGCGAGCCGCCUGGCAGUUGAAAGGUUUGGUGGACAAAACCUUCUCCCUCCAUGCUCCAGACGGACUGGUGGCUGCCCUCCAGCGCUUUGUGAAAGGCUGUAGGCAGCCAGGGUACCCCCCGCAGUAUGAAGGUCUUUCUGCCUGAUGGACCGGAAUUCCAGCUCUUCCUCCCGCGGCACAGAACAUCUUGCAGAACCGCAGAGAAAGACCGCUAGGGUGCCAUACCAUCCCCU